CAUGAUGAAGCUGACCAACUUGUGUUGACAUUAUGGCUGUUCUUUAGCCUAUACAUUCAGAUGUUGUUUAAUGAAUUACACAAUUGUAAAACAUACAGUAUGUUUUCCUCAGGCUACAACAGUCAAAAUCUAUGACUGUUGCAUCUCAAAUUGUCCCACUGUUCACAUGUCUUGCAUCAAUAUAUUUUUUGUCAGAUGACAAGUAGUAGAGAGACUGGAGGAGAUGGAAGAGAUGGAGGAGGAGAGGCAGGAAGAGAGACAGAAAAAAAAAAAAAAUUGAUUCAUGCAUAAUAUAUGUUUUUACCUGAUAUUAAUAUCAAUUCGGAUCACUGUUACCAACCCAAGUGCAGACCGCAGGCUGGUACUGAAGUUAAGCCCCUUCGGAGUAUACUGUUAUUGUUGUUAUUAUAGUUUACCCUGGGAAGCACAUACGGACAGAUGUGGUGAAGUUAUCAGUGUAUAUUCAUGUAACUGAUAACAUUAGAGAAUACAUUAACCAAGACAUUCUUGUAUUUAGUGUAGAUAUCUAAAUAUGCAUUAUAAAGCAGUGAUCAGUUUCACAUGACGUGAAAUUGCAUUAAAAAAUCAUCAAUGUACAGGUCGCACUUUUAUGUCCCUACCAAUGUGAAAAUCAGACCUACGCCCUUGGAGCCAAAACAAAAAAAAGUCCCUGUUUCAAUGCGCAAUACACCUCCCGACCGCUGCAUUGGAUGUUGGUGGCGCUGUGGCCCAAUUGACACCGGGAUUGGAAGAAGAAGAAGAAGAAGAAGAAGAAUGAUUUCCCCCGCUCUUUUCAGGCAACAGGGUUAAGUCUGUUCAUGAGGCUUGCCACAAUUGCAACGCUGGUCCCGGUGUUACCCCACUCCAAUGCAGAUGCAGAGAGAGAGAGACUAAAACCAGGAACAGCCUGGCUCUGGAUGGAACCCUGUCAUCAAUAAUGACAAUAAAGAUGGUUGGCCUGGAGUCCUGCUUCACGUGGGAGCCCUCCCCAGAAAUCAUCAAGGCCUCAAAAAAGCCCCACUGUAGCAGUUUCUCCAUAGACCGUAGUACAGUGAUUGCUUUGGGAGGCAGCCAGCAGAUCGUCCCUCCUGCACAACAACCACAUAUUCAGGUCCCACAGUGGAAUCCCGCUCCUGUGGAACAUCAUCUUCCAGACAGCAGUGAACAAGCUGGUGAAGAAUUCCUGAGAUGCAUUGCAGCCAACAAGCCUCUCCCAGACUAUCUUAAAGGAAACAUGGCAUACAAUCUGGCUGAAGCUUUUAAGUCAGCUAACGUCCUGAAAGAAGCAGUCAAAUUAGACCCUGAGUUCCAGAAGCAAGCGACCAGAAGCAAAAGCCGUAGUCGAAGCCGCGGCAAAUCUAGAGCCAGGAGCCAUGCCAGAAGCAAAAGCCAGGUACCCAGCAGAAGCAGAGGAAGGAGCAAAAGUCGUGCUCGUGGAAAGAGUCGAGCAAGAAGCAAAAGCAGGGCGAGAAGCAAAAGCAGGGCAAGGAGCAGGAGCAGGGCUCGCAGUAGGAGUAGGAGCCGGAGCCGGGGCGAGAAGAAGAGUCGUGUUAGGAGCAAGAGCCGGGCCAGGAGGUCCAAGUCAAGAAGCAGCAGUGGUGAAAAGAGCCACGGCACAAACAAAUGGAGAAAAAGGAGCCCCAGCCACAACAGCAGCAGUGUUAGCAGUAGUAAUAACCUCAUGGGGAAUAGUCUGUUAGAAGGACUGAAGCUGGUCAUGAACAGCAAAGAACUGGAGGAGCGGUUGCCCACACUCAAGGAUGCUAUCCUUACUAUUCAGGCCUCAGAUGAAAGCAAAAAAGUGGAGAGCAUAUCUGAUGAGCACAGACACCAGCAACAUGACUAUGAAGAGAAUUCAACAUCGUUGGAAAAUGACAUGCUCCUUCCUCAUGACAGAACAGGCAGUGACUUCUCUUGGCUUCAAGGACAAAGUCAGGAGGACUCUGCAGUCCUGAAAGCUGAGGAGCUUGAAGAUGAAGAGUCAUUCUUGUAUGGGAAUGAAGACACUGGAGGAAAACAAGCUAGUAAAACUUCCACAGCACUUUUUGCAGCAUUUUCCCAGAUUGGAGAACACACCAAAUUACAGGAAACGGAUUGUUCUGGCAGUCAGCAUUAUCAGAGCAAGUCCAUAUUCAGUAGUGCUGGGGAUCCAUUUGACCUGAAGCAACCUUUUCAUAUGACUCCCACAAGCAUAGCUAAUCUGGACAGCAGUGAGUGUGAGAAGAUCAAGAACAUAUUAAAAAGUCUGGGCACAGCAGACAUCAGCGAGGUCAUGGUAAAGAUGCAGGGUCAAAAGGAGGGGAAGAAGCUGAGUCCUGCACUUCCUGCGUCAGACCGAGCAGCAGCAGGCUUAGCAUUACCAGCACUGAGUAACAUCAAUGUACGGCAAGCUCUGGAGUCUUUACAGUCACUGAUCAAAGCAACAAAGGAGAAACGGGAAAAAAGUGAUGGCAGUGGCACAUCUCAGACAUCCUCUGAUAAACCCAAGGCAGGUGACGAUGAGGAAAGAAAGAAUGAGAAACAAUUCCGAGUAAAUAAAAUGGAAAUCUUGAUGAAAGAACUGGAAGGAUUGUUGAAACAGGAUGGAUUGAGUUUUCUGACACCAGUAAUUGGGUUUUACUGCCAGAAAUGUGAGGAGUUUAUUGGAGAUUUGAAUAGUGCUGAAAACCACGCAGAUGUCCACCGCCAUAGUGGCUCCAGCAGUAAAGUGCAGACAGACAAGCAUGCUGGAGACAGCGAGGGAUACUCGCACCACUUUAGCAACAGCACUCCACACCCACGUCCCUCAGACAGGAGAGACCAUAAGGACUAUGGUUAUGAUAGAGAUUCAGGAGACCACAGGAAUUACAGAGACUACCAACGAGACAAGAGGGACGAAAGACAUCACAGAAGCAAACAUCACAAUGACUGCAGAAGCCACAGGGCUGGGCAGGAAAACAUCUCCCUGAAAGAGGAGAUGAGGAAGGAGAGGAUGCUCAUAACGGUGUCCCGUGGAGUGACACCACCUCCAAACAUCAAGGUUAAGGAGGAGGUGAGCAAGGAGCAGACUAUUGGAAGUCAUAGCAAAGUCAAAGUGGAAGACACAAACAGCAAGGGAAAGUCAUCCAAAGGCAAACGAGAAAAAGAUGGCAAAGGCAAAGAUGAAAGCAGUGAUAGUAGUGAUGAUGAUAAAGAAAAAAGGCCAAAAGAAAAAUCACCCAAAAAGAAAAAGAAGAAGAAGGAGAAAAAGAAGAAGAAGGAGAAGUCCUAGUUGUUGUAUUAAUGCUUUUCACUUUCCACAUCCAUAAUAGACUGACCCCUGAGAUGAUGCUGGCAGCUUGUUGCUGUCCAAGUUUCUAAACUUAAAGAUCCAGGUGUUAUCAUGACAGUCCUGGGAACCAUGUUGUCCUUUAUUUCUCUCUCCCCAGUUAGUUGUUUUUUUAUUGUUGUGAAUGUGUUGCUGUAUGGCAGGCCCUCACUUCCUGGAUUCUUGUUUUAUUUUGUAUACAAGUUCAUCUGUCUCAAUACCUUUGUUAUUGUUUGCAUAUUUUCAAAUGACCAACAGCAUUGUAGUUUUAUAAAUGAUGUGUGUAUUCUGCAGUUGAGUUUCAUUUUCUCACUUGUCUGCAUUUUUCAUCAGAAAUAUAAGUUGACAGAUGA